UCGGGCUCGACGAGAGUCAAGGAGGCGUGGCGGCGGAGAAACUCCAGGCGGCAUCGCAGGAAUGGUAGGCCUAGACUUGAACAAAUUCCCCGACGAGAUGAGGUUGGGCGGUGACUAUGCAAAUGGAAGGGAAGGACUGGACUUGAAUAAAUUUCCUAAUGACAUGUGGUUGGGUGUUGAUGAUGCAAAUGGUCAACAAGGUGACUCAUUAUCCUGUAAAAAAGUUUUGCAUGGUAGAGGGUAUACCAUGGUUGAUGGCACAGGAGAAUCUUCGACCUUGGCUAAUCAAGUGCACGAUAAUGAUGUAACAAAAGCUUCUGGGGCAAACAAUUAUGUUGCAGUUCCCACUGAUGCCACUAUUCCUCCAGUUUCUGCUCCCAAGGGUCAUGGUCAUCGCAAGGUGCCUAGACCAAUUUUUGAGACUCAGUGGAAGCGUUGUACCCGCAACAAUAAAGAUGGCUACAUAUUUGAGGCUCUUCCUGAUCGCAAAACACGUCGCAAGACCUCCUCAGUUCCCAAGGAUAAGCCACCUACUAUGAUCCCGGUCACCGAAGUGCAACAUAUUCGACUGGAAGAGUGCCACAAUGUCACUAAAUAGCUCACUGAGGAGCAUCUACACCAACAUCACAAGAACUAGUUGUGUCGUUUGUCAGUUGGGUUCUUUAUUUUGGUUACCUCAACUUUAUAUGUUAGAUGAAUUAUGUGAACAAUGUGUGGCAUGUUUUAAGUUGGAAGAUUGGGAGUGUCAACCAAAAGUACA